CUGGAGCAAUUUUAGGUUGUGAAUGACCUUGCGCUAUAUCCAACGUAGUCGACUUCUAGGGGAUGGAAAAUCCGUUUGCUGAUCCUGUUACCAAGUUGACAUCGACACAGUCGCGUGAUAAUGAAAACGCUCAAGUUCCUCAUAUCGACACUGGUGCACUAGACAAAUAUAACCCAUUUGAAGUCACCGGAAAUCUUCAGCAAGAUGAACACCUGACUAAUUUCACUGCACCACCGUCAUACUCCGCCACUCAGGCGCAGAGAAUCACGACUGCUGAGCUUGAACGCCGCCAGAGAGAGUUGGAUGCCAAGGCUGCCGAACUAGCUCGUAGAGAGGAGGAGCAACGAUUAAAGGAGCAGAGUCGGUUUGCAUCUCAAGAAGGAGUUGCAGCUAAGAAUUGGCCUCCACUGCCAUCAUUUUGCCCCUGUGCCCCAUGCUUUUAUCAAAAUAUUGAAACAGAAAUAGUUCCUGAAUACAAAAAAGUUGUGAAGUUUGGAUAUUACCUAUGGAUGUCGUACGCCUGUUUGCUGCUGGUCAACUUGUUAACAGCAUUAAUAUUCUUCGCUGGAACUUCAGAAGCUUCUGGUGGUAGCCUGUUCGGUGUUGCUAUUCUAGUAUGCAUAGUUUGUAUACCAGCAUCAUAUGUAUGUUGGUUUAGACCACUAUACAAAGCUUUCCGGAGCAACAGUUCAAUCAAUUUCUUCGUAUUCUUCAUUAUUUUCGGCAUCCAAAUAUUGGUGAUGAUAAUUCAGUCAAUUGGAAUUUUAAACUGGGGUUCAUGCGGAUGGAUUACGGGUUUGUCAGUGGUCAAACAAACUCCGGUGAUUGGUGUCAUCACACUCCUGGUUGCAUGCGCGUUCACAGCUGUUACCACAGCGUCGGCUUGGUACUUAAUACAUGUACAUCGCAUAUAUCGCAGCACAGGUGCUAGUUUCGGAAAAGCUAAAGAAGAAUUUGCACACGGUGUUGUAACCGAUCCUAUCGUGAGGAAUAGAGCAAUGGAAGCAGGAUUAUUUGCAGCUCGUCAGGCUGCUUCAGGUGCACCAGCCAACAGGUCAUAAGGAAACCCUACAAUUACCUGACAAUUAUGAUAAAAUGGUAUUUUAUGUCUGUCUGAUUUUGGGUUAAUUUCCUCCAAAAACAAAAAAACCUAUUACGUCACGUCAAAGUCCCUAGUACUUCUUGUAUUUUUGCUGUGAGCAUUUGUUGUUCGGUGUUGUGUGUUGAGAAUUUUUUUCUUCAAGUAUCUCCACAUCCAAAGUUGCGUGUAUUCGAUGACUAUCACAAUGUGUCAUAAAUUUUCACACUUCAAUGAUACAACUGUCUCUCUGUCAUUUCUUGUCAUUUUACAAAUAUAAAAGUCAUUUAAUGCUUCAAA